AUGGCCACUGCUGUGCGGAACAGCAGCGGGGGAAGCGGCGGAGGGACCGCUGGCCGGGGCGACGGCGCAAGCAGAGGGCGCGCGGGCGUCAGGGGGAAAGCGGCACUGGGCGGGCGGAGCGGAGAGCAGGGGGAAAAGUUGCGCGUAGCCGCUGGGGAAGGGAGCGCGCAUGGCGCAGGGGGAAGGGGAGAUAGAAGCAGGGGGAGGGGAACAGGGGCGAGCGGAAGGGUUGGGGGGCGAGGGCGGAGAGCAGAAGAGCCAGUCCGGGGGAAGGAAGUGAUUGGGGAGAAACAGAAGAGAGUCGUUUCCGCACAGGAGGAGCGUGAGGAGACAAGGGGAAGAGCUGAAGGUGAUAGCGUUGCGGAACGUGAUAGAGUAGCUGAAACGGAGACCGAAGGGGCACAGACAGAGGAGGUGGGGGUGGCAAGGGCGAGUGGUAACAACAGCAGUGGGGAUAGGGCUGCGAGAGAGCCUGCGAUUGGUCUGGAUUCGUCUCAAGAAGCGUCUAGGUUCACUGAAUGUGGGGUUUCGUUGGGGUGUGAGACGGUCGCAGGUGGUGCAGAGGUAGGGACGGAGGGGCUGGGAUGCCAGAGAGAGGGGGAGGUGGGGGAGGAGGGGGUGGAAGAGUGCGGGGAUGACGCUGCAUCAUUGGGAAUGGGACGAGGAGAGGGUGGGGAUGGGAGUGUGGAGAGAGGAGGGGAGAGGAGAGGAGGGACGGAGGCAGGGGAGGGAGCAGAUGAGGGAGAAGGAGGAAGGGGAGAGGGGGAAGGGGAGGAGGAUGUUGGGAAGGCGCGUGGAAAGGAGGAAGCCAGGGGAAAAGGCGAAGGUGAGGAGAAGAUAACAGGCAAAUCAGUUAGCAAGGGAGCGAAUGAGGGAGUGAGUGAGGGGGUGCUAGUGGGAGUGAGUGCACAUGAGGCUGGGGGGCUGAGAGUUGAAGAGGGUUCAAACUGGGUGGAGGGGGACAGAAGGGAAAUCGGGAAUGUAACACAGGCAGAAGGCGUAGGGGAGUCUGAACAGAGAGUAGAGACGAGAAAGUCUGCAGGAGAAGAAGAAGGGAAGGAGGGAUCAUUAGUGCCUUAUCCAGUAUCAAUAGAAAGGGCGACAGUUGCAGCAUGUGCGGCAGUGGAAGAAGGGGGUGAUGCAAGUAAUGCUGCUCAGAGUGGUGCGGGGAGUGCUACUAGGAAUGGUGGUGGGAGUGGUGAGGAGAGUGAGCAAGGGAGAGAGAAGGAGAGUGAGAAGGGGAGUGGGAAAGAGAGGCCAGUCAAAAUUGGAAACACGUAUUCACUGAUACAGCAACAGCAGCAGCAGCAACAGCAGAAACAGGAACAGCAGCAGCAGCAGCCGGUGCAGCAUGUUCUAGGUGGUGUGGCAGCAGCAGGAAUCUCACGAGAGCAGCAACAGACGCUUGUGCUGCAACAGGGGCAGGCACAGGCACAGGCACAUGCACAUGCACAUGCACAGGCGCAGGCGCAGGCGCAGGCACAGGCACAGGCACAGGCACAGGCAGCCACGGCAGCGAGUGCAUCUGCAGCAGCAACAGCAGCAGUGAUGCAUGGGUGGUCUGAACGAUGGAGUGAGCUGGCCACACUCAGGGCCGACAGGAAUGCCACGGAGCAGCAGCUAGCAGCAGCAAGCUCCACGCUCACCACGUGUCUGCGCCGCCUGCACCUGCUGCGCCGCAGGGAGGACCAACUACUGCUCGACCUGCGCCUGUGCUCCGCCUCCUCUCCCCUGGUGAGCUCUCUUCGUUCCAUGCCGCACCUCUGCUUGCGCCUCUGCUCACCUGCUGCGUCGCAGGGAGGACCAACUACUGCUCGACCUGCGCCUCCGCUCCGCAUCCUCUCCCCUGGUGAGCCGCUGUGCCGUCCCUUUGCUCACCCCUCCCCCCUCUUGAUUCGACCCAAACGACCCCUGGCCCCUCUGUCCAUUCCCCCCCGCCCUCCCCUUCGCUCCCACGCCAGCAAGAAGGCUGCUGUUGCCUCUGCUGCUGCGGAGACUGGUGGAGGGGUGGGAGUGGGAGGAGCACCACCAGCCACAGCAGCAGCAGCAGCAGCAGCAACAUCACCAGCAGCAGCCGCAGCAGCAGCCACAGGAGGGCAGGUGGUGGGAUCGUUAUGGGAUUCCCCUCGAGAGGUGGUGGUGAGGUCUGUAACGGCCCGCGAUGCCAGCAUAUCCACUGUGCUCCACUCUCUAGACGCUGUCAGACGCCAGGUUGCGUGCUCCUUCCGCCUCGGGGCAGCAGCAGGGCAGCACAUUGCAGGCGGAAAGCACCUUGCAGGGGCAGCAGGGCAGCACAGGGCGUCAGGGGCAGGGGCAGGGGCAGGGGCAGGGGCAGGGGCAGGGAUGGUGCAACAAGGGCUGUUGCCGACUGGUGUUUCAGGGUCAGGGAGGGUGGGGGUUCGAUCCAGAGGGAGUGCUCUCAGCUCUCCUGUGCACCAGGAAACGUCGAGAGGGGGGUUGGGUGGGAGUUCGGGAAGGGGAGGGGGUAAAGUAGAUGGGGAAAGGGGUGAUGGUGGUGGUUCUCGUGUGGGUAAGACAGGAGUUGAAGGGGAGGGGGGUGGUGGAGGAGGAGGUGGGGUUGAAGGAUUCGCAGAUCCUAAUGUGGAUUUGAGAGAAGAUGUGAAUGGGGGUUUUACUGGAGAGUAUGGGUUUGAUGCACUGAUGUUUGAGGCGGGUGGAGGAGCUGGUACUAUGCUGGGUGCACCAUGGGAGCACAUGCAGCCCAUGCCGGGGCAGCAGCAGCGGCACCAGCAGCAGCAGUACCAGCAGUACCACCAGCAGCAGCAGCAGCAGCAGCAGCAGCAGCAGCAGCAGCAGCAGCAGCAGCAGCAGCAGCAGCAGCAGCAGCAGCAGCCGCAGCCGCAGCCGCAGACAGUUUUUCACCUGCCAUUCGAGCCAUCUCAGCAGCAUCACGCGCACACUGCAGGAGCGGCAUCAGGAGGGUUUAUGCACCCGCGCCAGGCACCCAUGGGUGUCAUCAUGCACGUGCAUGUGCCCAGCUCCACACAUGCCUCCUCCACCAAUGAUGGCGCCAUCAACUUCGCUUGGCCAGUGCCCUCCCUGUUUUCCUCUCCCUUUCCCCCUGUCCGCCUCUCCCUUUCCCCCUGUCCUCCUCUCCCUUUCCCCCUGUCCUCCUCUCCCUUUCCCCCUGUCCUCCUCUCUAUUUCCCCCUGUCCUUCUCUCCCUUUCCCCCUGUCCUCCUCUCCCUUUCCCCUUGUCCUCCUCUCCCUUUCCCCCUGUCCUCCUCUCCCUUUCCCCCAGUCCUCCUCUCCCUUUCCCCCUGUCCUCCUCUCCCUUUCCCCCUGUCCUCCUCUCCCUUUCCCCCUGUCCUCCUCUCCCUUUCCCCCUGUCCUCCUCUCUAUUUCCCCCUGUCCUUCUCUCCCUUUCCCCAUGUCCUCCUCUCCCUUUCCCCCUGUCCUCCUCUCCCUUUCCCCCUGUCCUCCUCUCCCUUUCCCCCUGUCCUCCUCUCCCUUUCCCCCUGUCCUCUCCCUUUCCCCCUGUCCUCCUCUCUAUUUCCCCCUGUCCUCCUCUCCCUUUCCCCCUGUCCUCCUCUCCCUUUCCCCCUGUCCUCCUCUCCAUUUCUCCCUGUCCGCCUCUCCCUUUCCCCCUGUCGUUCUCUCCCUUUCCCCCUGUCCUCUCUCCCUCCCACCCUUCCUCCCCCUCUCUCACAUCCCUUCCUUUCCUACUGUCCUCUCCCACCAUUCACGCUUCUCUCAGCCAUCCCUUUCCCCCCUCCCCUGUCCCUCGCUUUCCCCCACUACCGUCCCUUCCCUUUCCACUACGUUCUCUCGUCCAGCCCAGCCGACAGUACCAGCUUUGCUUGGCCACUGA